AUGAUUCUUGACGGAGUUCCUACACGGCCCGAGCCCGUUGACUCGGAGAUUGGAGCUGGAUGGAAGGAGAAGGAGAUUGAUGAUGGGACUGCGCCGCGGUAUCAGGACGCGUUUGGUGAUGAGAGCAAUGCGGAGGUGAAGUACAAGACUAUGGAGUGGUGGCAAGCCGGAAUGUUUAUGAUUGCCGAAUCCGUUUCAUUGGGCGUUCUGUCACUUCCCGCGACUCUUGCUUCUCUGGGUCUUGCCCCUGCCCUUGUCCUUAUCAUCGGUCUUGGUGUUCUGGCUACUUAUACAGGAUAUGUCAUCGCCCAAUUCCACCAACGCUACCCUCAUAUCCAGAACCUCGCCGAUGCGGGUGAGGUUCUGUUCGGCGUAUUCGGCCGCGAGCUUUUCGGUAUUGGCCAACUUCUGUUCUCCAUCUUCAUCAUGGGCAGUCACAUCCUGACUUUCAGCGUCAUGAUGAACACGGUGACUGAGCACGGUACUUGCACCAUGGUAUUCACCACUGUUGGAUUCGUGAUCUGUAUGGUAUGCUCGCUGCCUCGUACCAUGAAGAACAUGACAUACAUCUCCUGUGCCUCCUUCGUCAGUAUAUUCACUGCCGUCAUUAUCACCAUGAUCGGUGUCGGUAUCCAGGGCCAGGUUGCCCCUCUCAAGGCAACUAUCGAAACCGAUCUGUUCCACGCUUUCACUGCCGUGACCAACAUCGUCUUUGCCUACUGCGCCCAUGUCGCGUUCUUCGGUCUUCUCGCAGAAAUGCGCGAGCCCCGCGACUUCCCCAAGGCUCUUUACAUGCUGCAGACCUUCGAGAUUAUCUUCUACGUUGUCGCCGCCGUUGUCAUCUACUACUAUGCAGGCCAGAGCGUGACCUCCCCGGCUCUUGGGUCCGCUGGUCCAGUUCUGAAGAAGGUUGCCUACGGUAUUGCCAUCCCUACCAUUAUUGGUGCGGGUGUCGUGAACGGUCAUGUUGGCUUGAAAUAUAUCUACGUUCGUCUCUUCCGUGGCACCGAUCGCAUGCACCGUCGCGAUUGGACCUCCUACGGAUCCUGGGUCCUCAUCGGUCUGAGCUGCUGGAUCAUCGCUUGGAUCAUUGCCGACGCCAUUCCCGUCUUCAGUGACCUGCUGAGCCUGAUCAGCUCUCUUUUCGCCAGUUGGUUCAGCUACGGCCUCGGCGGCGUCUACUGGCUCCACAUCAACCGAGGACAGUGGUUCUCUUCUCCCCGAAAGAUCUUCCUCGCUGCGCUGAACGUGUGUAUUGUUCUCAUUGGCGGCUGCAUGUGCGGUCUUGGUCUGUACGUUUCUGGAAAAGCGAUCCACGAUGAUGCCUCCAGCAAUUCCUUCUCUUGCGCCAGCAACACUGAGGUUUAA